AUGCUUCUUUCCCCCGUGAUCCUCCUAUUCGCGGGAACCUACGCCGUCUUCCUAGUCCUGCGUUACAUCCACAGCCAAUACCAACACCACCGACAAGCAAAAUCCCUGAACUGCGAAUCCCCGGCCCGCAGCGGCGCCGGCUUCCUCGGAAUCCCUGGCUUCAUCAGGCUGACCAGAGCCGCGAAGGAAAAACGAUGGGUUGAUUUCAUCGCCGAACAGUACACAACCUACGGUUAUACAUUGGGGCAACGGUUUUUGUCGAGAAGGUUGAUUUCGACUAUCGAGCCGGAGAAUAUUAAGGCGUUGCUGGCUACGCAGUUUGGGGAUUUCAGUCUUGGGACUAGAAAUCGCGAGUUUUAUCCGUUGCUUGGGGAUGGGAUUUUUACAUUGGAUGGAGCUGGGUGGUCACAUGCGAGGGGGUUGUUGAGGCCGCAGUUUACGAGGGAUCAGGUCGCCGAUCUCGAACUUCUGGACGACCAUAUCCGUAACCUCGUCGGUCUGAUUCGCGACAACAGCGGUAGCUUCGACAUCCAGCGACUCUUUUUCCUUCUGACAAUCGACUCGGCAACACACUUUCUAUUUGGCGAAUCUGUUGGAUCCAUGGGCUCUACUUCCGAAAAGUCGGGUCUAUUGGAAAAGUCCUCCGUCGGCGACGCACAAGGUUUCGCAGAAGCAUUCGGUCUAGCGCAGGACUACCUCGCUUCGAGAUCGCGAGCAUCAGACCUCUACUGGAUGGUGAACCCAAAGGAAUUCCAAGAAGCGAAUAAGCGCGUGCACGAGGUUGUCGACCACUAUGUGAACCGUGCUAUGCAGUCGCAGAGGGAGAAACCACCAGGAAGCCGGUAUAUUUUCGCUGAAGCGCUUGCGGCCGAAACAUCAGAUCCCAAGGUGCUGAGAGACAAUAUGCUCAAUAUUCUACUCGCUGGUCGUGAUACUACCGCUAGUCUGCUUAGUUCGGCAUUCUACUACAUGGCCCGUCAUUCUCAUGUCUGGAACCGACUUCGUCGCGAGAUUGUCGAGCAAUUCGGUGAUAUUUCACAGCCCAAAGCUGAAAUCACUCAAGCUAAGCUAAAGGAUAUCCCGUACUUGCGAUAUGUCCUGAACGAGACCCUCCGCCUCCAACCCCCCGUCCCCCUCAACUUCCGCGUCGCAAACAAAGAUACCACCCUCCCCGUCGGUGGCGGACCAAGCGGAAGAUCCCCCGUCUACGUACGGAAAGGCUGCAUCGUCGCAUACAGCGUCUACGCAAUGCACCGCCGAACAGACUUCUACGGUCCCGAUGCGCACACUUUCCGACCAGAGCGUUGGGAAGAGAAUGCUAGACGCGGAUGGGAGUACCUUCCGUUCAAUGGAGGGCCGCGGAUUUGUCUUGGUCAGCAAUACGCACUUACCGAGGCUAGUUACACUAUCGUCCGGCUGAUGCAACACUUCGACACGCUUGAGAACGCGGAUCCGCAGUCUGGGGAGGAGCCGGUUAAGCAGUCGAAUUUGACGAUGUCGCAUGAUCGAGGUGUUUGGAUUAGGUUAUCUUCGAAAUGA